AGUUAUUGGUUCAUUUUAAAAUAAGUAAACUAUGGGUAGUUAAAUGCUCCCGAGUUUUAAAAACAAAAAAAUUUACGCAAAGCAGUCGGUACUUCAAGCCACUCUAAGAUUUCUUGAUUUUCAGGCAAUCAAGGUCUCUCCUUAUUCUCAGUGUGACAUAAAAUGUCUCGAAGGUAUGAUAGCCGCACAACGAUCUUCUCUCCAGAGGGUCGCCUUUACCAAGUUGAGUAUGCAAUGGAGGCCAUUGGAAAUGCAGGAUCAGCAAUUGGAAUAUUGUCCAAAGAUGGGGUUAUCUUGGUUGGUGAAAAGAAGGUCACAUCCAAGCUCCUUCAGACCUCAACAUCUUCUGAGAAGAUGUACAAGAUUGAUGACCACGUAGCUUGUGCUGUGGCCGGGAUAAUGUCUGAUGCCAACAUCCUUAUCAACACUGCCAGAGUCCAAGCCCAGAGGUAUACCUAUGCUUACCAAGAACCAAUGCCUGUGGAACAGCUUGUCCAAUCUCUCUGUGAUACCAAGCAAGGCUACACACAGUUUGGUGGGCUUCGUCCAUUUGGUGUUUCAUUUCUCUUUGCAGGCUGGGACAAAAACUAUGGUUUCCAGCUUUAUAUGAGUGAUCCAAGUGGAAACUACAGCGGUUGGAAGGCUGCAGCAAUCGGGGCAAACAACCAGGCAGCACAAUCAAUCCUUAAGCAGGACUACAAGGAUGAUAUCACUAGAGAAGAGGCAGUUCAGCUUGCCCUGAAGGUUCUUACUAAGACAAUGGAUAGCACAAGCCUUACUUCAGAAAAGCUUGAAGUGGCUGAGGUCUUCCUUACACCUUCUGGAAAAGUGAAGUACCAGAUCUGCUCACCAGAGUCCCUAAACAAGCUGCUAGUGAAGUUUGGUGUGACUCAACCUUCCACUGAGGCCUCUUAACUCCACAAGUACUAUAUUUCGAUUUAGAGCUGACAUUAAGACUAUCAUAUGACAUGUCUGUUUGUUGAGUAGUAUUAUUUACUGGUUUUGACUUUUGCUGAGCAUGUUAUUGAUUCUUGCUUUGCCACAUUUCCUCCUUUAAACAAGGCGAGAUUCAUUUCA